AAUGCUCUGCAGCUAUAUAAGAAGUGUGAUGUUCUGUAAUUUGUUGCGGUGCGAUGCUCUGCAGGAAUGGCUCAGCCCCUCACAAACAAGACCUGUUGCUGUGUUUGCUGUGCGGGGAGGCGACUGGCGGCCGGAGAGGAAUGUGGAGGUAAUGAGGUCGGCACACAUCCUGCGCAGUCACAUAGUAGCUGGAUCAUCGCGGAGCUCAUCAUACGGUUGUCACCAUGGUGAAGGCGGUUUUUCUGCUCUGCGUCGCUCUCCAUCUUCUGGGCCCCUCCACUAGCCAGACCUGCUCAGAGCAGCGAGAGGCUCUCCGAACUUUGCGCCAGGUCCAGAAGCUGCUCACCGACCAUGAGGCGUCCUACCUGCGAGGAAUGAGGACCCUAAGCCGAAGGCUGAACCAGCUGAGGACCCAUCUGCAGAAGGAAGACGGGAAAGACAAUUGCCCUCCUCUGAAGUCUCCUCGUCAUGGACGCUUGCUGGGCGGAAAGCUGAAAGUAGGACAUGAAGUGCAUUUCUUGUGUGAUUUGGGGUUCCACCUGCUGGGCUCUGAGACCAGAACCUGCCUGGACAACCAGACCUGGAGCGGACAAGCAGCCAGCUGCACAGAGUCACCGCCUGCCACCAACACGACCCUUCUUCGUCCCGCCAAGUGUUCCUCCUUUCACGGGACUCAGCACUGUACCUGCGACGCUGGCUAUGUGAUCCAGACAGGAGGCGCCUGUCAGGACAUCGAUGAGUGCAGUUUGUUCCAUGGAAGUGCACUUGUGAAGAUUUGUGUCCAUGAAUGUGUCAAUACUCCUGGAUCGUACCAAUGUGUCUGCCCACAGGGGUAUCUGCUGGAUUCUUCACAGAACAGCUGCCAGGAUAUCGAUGAGUGCGUGUCAGAGCAGAACGCCUGUGCUGGAGGACAGACCUGCGUCAAUCUGUAUGGCGGCUUCACGUGCGUCCGCCCAGAGUGCCCCAAACCCAAACACAACACAACCUACAUGAAGACCUCUGCAUAUCAGUGUGAACGGACGCCAUGCCACGUGGGCAGUGCCGCAUGCCUGGAAGCCCCCCAUUCCGUCUCCUUUCACUACAUUGGCGUACAGUCCCAGCUGCCGGUUCCUCGAGUCCUGUUCACCAUGACGGCACCGCGGUCUCCAGGAGAUGGCCAACGCUUCACCAUCACAAGAGGCAAAGUUCAGCGCGGCCUGGAGGUGCGGCAAGCUGGCAGACACCGGGGAGAACUGAUCCUCACCAAACCACUGACUGGACCGGCUGAGAUACAGGUGGACGUGGAGAUGGCGGAAAUUUCUGGGCAGGGGUUUCUCGGGAGGCACAUCUUUACUGUCACUCUGUAUGUAUCUCAGUACCCAUUCUAGACUCUGGUGAGGAGAGGGGUGACCCGCACGCUGCAGUAUUAUAGGCACUGCGGACGAGGUCAGGUGGGCGCUUUCUGCUUCACUUUAUAAGCAAACGUCCUAGUGCUUUUCCCUCUUUGUUACAUUGGCAGAUCUUCUAUAACAAUGUGCUGAUGGGUUGUGUUUUCUUGGAGCAGAAUGUGAAUAGCGGCCUUAGCAGGGCGUGUUGUGUGAUGGCUGCAAGCAGGUCUUUACAGACCACCUCACAGGGUCAGUAGAAAGCAGAGGCCAGUACUUCCUGAAGGCCGUGCUCUGUAAGCUCUCUCUGCUUUUACAUACAAAGUUCAGGUUUGAAUUUGGUGGCAGAAAGGAACAACUUGGUGCCAUUUUUUAAAGUGAAACUUUGUUCUUUAGCAAGGAACAUACAUUCCACAUUAAUUAUCUA